AUUCGUGAUUGUCUUUAAGUAAACAAAGGAGCAUCUAAGACAGGAGUCUCUAUGAACGAACUAUUACUCCCUGCAGAUGAACGUGGCGAUGGGAUGAAGUUAUUGUGUUAGCGAGCUAUCAUGGACCUAGGAUCAAUGCUGUAUAACAGUUUGAAAGAUGUAACAUGGAGCACGACGACUCUGCCCCUGGAUCGACUUGUCAGUGCCUACAGACUACCGCAGAUUGUAAAAUUGGACGUCGGGGAGUCUGUGGAGGGAUUGAGGGAAAACGACUACCUUUUGAUUCAUUCGUGCCGUCAGUGGACCACCAUCACUGCACAUAGCCUCGAGGAAGGCCAUUAUGUCAUCGGGCCAAAAAUCGAGAUCCCUGUCCAUUACGAGGGCCAGUUUAAGCUCCUGGAACAGGACAGGGACAUUAAGGAGCCUGUACAAUACUUCAAUAGCGUGGAGGAGGUGGCCAAAGCAUUUCCUGAGCGCGUCUAUGUCAUGGAGGACAUAACCUUCAACGUUAAGAUGGCCUCAGGAGAGUGUAACGAGGACACAGAGGUAUACAACAUCACGCUGAGCACGGGCGACGAACUGACCCUCAUGGGUCAGGCCGAAAUCCUGUACGCCAAGACCUCGCGGGAGAAGUCGCGCUUCAACACCAUCUUCAAGCGCAUCGGAAAGCUGAACUCCAUCGGCAAGCUGGGCCGGGGAAAAAUGCCUUGUCUGAUCUGCAUGAACCAUCGCACCAACGAGAGCAUCAGCUUACCCUUCCAGUGCCGCGGACGAUUCAGCACGUGCUCGCCACUGGAGCUGCAGAUGCAGGAGGGCGAGCACACCAUCCGGACCAUCGUGGAAAAAACGAGGCUUCCCGUCAACGUCACCGUGCCAAGCAGCCCGCCCCGAAACCAGCACGACCUGCACCUGAUCCGCGAGGGCCACCGCUACAAACUGGUCAACAUCCAGACCAAGACGGUGGUGGUUUGCUGCGUGCUACGCGCCAACAAAGUGCUGCCCAUCCAUUUCCCGCUGCACGUGCCCACCUUGCCAAGGCUGGUGGUUCCGGAGGGGCUGCUGCAAGGGGAGGCGUGGCUGGAGACGGUGGUCCACCGCUGGUUCACCUAUUGCCAGGAGCAGUUCGACAUCGAUGAUUACUCACGAGCGGUGCGCGACGUACGGGUGGACUGGGCAGAGGACGGCAAGAGCCCCAAGAAGGGUGGGAACAACGUUUUGGGGGGAACUGGUGUCAGCGGAGGGGGCGGGACCAACGGCUGUCCCGCCCACAUACAUCUACCCAACUCCCUGAGCUCAGCCCGCGACGAGCUCACGCAGUCCUUUCACCGGCUCUCCGUCUGCGUCUAUGGCAACAACCUGCACGGAAACAGCGAGGUGAACCUGCAGGGUUGUGUGAGCCUCUGCGGGGAAUGUGUAGCGUCGGAACCGUCGGACACAGAAUACUUGUUUCCGGAGUUGCUGGAAAGCCCGGUGGGCCAGAGUGGACAGCUGAAGCAGGAUAUGCCCUACGAGGAGCUGUGGUUGGACCACGUCCGGAGCCGGAAACCCGUGGUGAUGGCUAGCGUGGUGGACCAUGGUGAGGGGACCCGGGGAAACAUUACUGGUCCCAGCUGCUCAACGGUACUGCCAUACUCCAACACCUGUCCAGCUAGCUCUGUCCUCAGUGCAGACAUCGAUCUACCUCCACCCCCUGUGCCUCCAAAGUCUGAAGCUGUGAAGGAGGAGUGCCGGCUGUUAAAUGCUCCCCCAAUUCCCCCGCGGAGCUCCAAGCAGACGGGCACGGCGAGCAUCCCGGUGCCCUAUCCCCCAACCAAACCUCGCCAGACGGACACUCGCUCCCCAAGCCCGACGCUUUCCUACUACUCUUCCGGGCUGCACAACAUCGGAAGCGGAGAGAACGAUACCCCAGAGCCGGAUGAGCAGAGCCGAGUCUGUUACCCCUGCAACUGGAUCCGACCCAAUGGUGCGGAGGGUUCGAAACCCAUCUCGUGUCUCAGCCCAUCCCUGGACACCACCCUCUCUCGCCUGUCCUGGCCCAACGACUUCUGCGGGGCCGACAUGCACGGGGCAGACGACUUCACGGCCGUCCAGUGCCGCAGCUAUUCCAGCUACCCGCGGAAAAGGACCCCUGGUACUCCCAAAACCUGCUCCUCAGGCCUCUUUGACUUUGAAAGGCGGGAAAGUUUUGAGGGGACCGCUGCUGCCUCUAAAAGCCAGCACCAGUACUCCCAUCCAGCCCAGUUUUGCACCAAAUCCACCAGCUACACCCUGGAGACAUCCAGAGACAAACCCGUAGAAGAAUGUAACACUAAACAAAGCCUGUCCUGCCCGAUCUUGCCCCCGAGAACGCCGAAAUCCAGCGACGCAAAGAAAGAGGCAGACUCUGGUGGGCUAGUUACACCCCCGGUUGUAAACGUUGAUGUUUUGGAACUGGAGUCGGCGGGUUGUGCACUCGACAAACCGCACCAGGGCACGGCGGACGUGUUCUCGAUCUCGUAUCCUGUCGCCGCGGCGUCGGCGUGGCAACCGCCCAGCAACCUGUCGGGGCUCUCCAUUGAGGAGGUGUCCAAGUCGCUACGGUUCAUAGGUCUGUCUGAGGAUGUGGUCGCUCUGUUCGUGCGAGAGAAGAUCGACGGCAAUUUACUCACGCAGCUCACGGAAGAGAUCUUGUCAGAGGACUUUAAGCUAAGCAAACUUCAAGUUAAGAAACUCAUGCAGUUUAUCAGUGGCUGGAGGCCCAAAAUGUAAGCUCGAACAAAACGAAACCGGUCUAAGGCAAGACACUUGCAGUGUGCUGACUUCAGCAGGAACACAGCUCGGGCCUUCAGUUUUGCAUUAGACAGUUUUGUAUCACAAUGCUAUGCACAGUCAAGGGCCUUGUAGAGAUUUUAAUGGCCAUUU